CUCCGCAGUGCUGCUGUCUGAGGAUCGCCGCGUCUCCUCCAGGAAGCGUUUUAACUUUUCCUCCUCUGCUCUCUUCCUCCUCCUCCUCCUCUUCCUCUUCUUCCUCCUCUUCCUCCUCCUCUUCCUCCUCUUCCUCGCUCUGUCUCUCUCUCUCUCUCUCCCGCUUCGUCUCCAUGCGGGGCUCUCUCCCGCAACAGCACAAACAGCGGGCCUUCCUGUGAGCCGCCGCCCCGGCCUCCCUCUCCCUCCGGCCGGCGGAGCCUCCCGGCUGAGCCCCGCUGAGGUGGCCUGGUUCCCGGGGAGAGAUGCUGUAGAGCAGCCGGCGGAGGAGAUGCUGCUGCCGGACUGAAGAGAGCAGAAAGCCGCGGAGGGAUCCAGAAAGAUGUCGAGCAGAGUGCGCCUGACCCCGGUGAGCGAGUCUGAACAGCCAAAGACUACAGACGGCCUUCCUGAACCGCCGGCCCCGCCCACCAAAUCCUCCAGCCGCCACAGUCUGCCGCGAUGCCGCAGCUCCGUCAUGUCCGCCGCAGACGAACAGCCGCACGUCGGGAACUACCGGCUGCUGAAGACUAUCGGAAAGGGAAACUUCGCCAAAGUCAAGCUGGCCAGACACACGCUGACCGGCCGAGAGGUCGCCAUCAAGAUCAUCGACAAAACUCAGCUGAACCCCACCAGCCUGCAGAAGCUCUUUAGAGAAGUCAGUGUGAUGAAGAUCCUCAACCACCCGAACAUCGUGAAGCUGUUCGAGGUGAUCGAGACGGAGAAAACUUUGUACCUGGUGAUGGAGUAUGCCAGUGGAGGUGAAGUCUUUGACUACCUGGUCGCUCACGGACGAAUGAAGGAGAAGGAGGCCAGAGCCAAGUUCCGCCAGAUUGUGUCAGCGGUGGAGUACUGUCACCAGAAGAGGAUAGUACACCGAGACCUGAAGGCAGAGAACCUCCUGCUGGACGCCGACAUGAACAUUAAGAUCGCAGACUUCGGCUUCAGUAACGAGUUCACGCUGGGCAGCAAGUUGGACACGUUCUGCGGCUCGCCUCCCUACGCCGCUCCCGAACUCUUCCAGGGGAAGAAGUACGAGGGGCCGGAGGUGGACGUCUGGAGUCUGGGAGUGAUUCUGUACACGCUGGUCAGCGGCUCGCUGCCCUUCGACGGACAAAACCUCAAGGAGCUGAGGGAGCGUGUUCUCAGAGGAAAGUACCGGAUUCCUUUCUACAUGUCGACUGACUGUGAGAACCUUCUGAAGAAGCUGCUGGUCCUGAAUCCCGGGAAACGAGGCAGCCUGCAGCAAAUCAUGAAGGAUCGAUGGAUGAACGUCAGCUACGCGGACGAGGAGCUGAAACCAUUCUCAGAGCCAGAACCAGACUACGACCUCAAACGCAUCGAGCUGAUGGAGACGAUGGGCUUCCCUCAGGACGAAGUGAUGAAGGUGCUGGAGGGUCAGAAGUACAACGAGGUGACGGCUACAUACCUGCUGCUGGGGAGGAAACCUGCCGAGUUUGAGGGCAGUGAGUCUUUGUCCAGCAGUAACCUGGGUCAGAGGUUACGACCCAGCAGCGACCUCAAUGGCACCAGUCAGUCCCCCGCCCACUCUCGCAGCGCGUCAGCCAGUCAGAAGCAGCGGCGUUUCAGCGACCACGUGGCGCCCUCUAUCCCGCCGCCUGUCUCCUACACCAAGCGUUGCCAUGCCAACAGCGUAGAGAGCGACAGGAAGGACGAGCUGGGCGCCACACCGGCUUCACCCAUGGGAGCUCCUGACCGCAGGAAGUCAGCUACAGCCUCAGGGAGCAUUACUCGGAGGAACACGUACGUUUAUGAGAGGACGAGCACCGAUCGCUACUCAGCUGCUGUUCCCAACGGGAAGGACAGCAGUCUACCAGAGGUACCUGCAGCAUCCCCCUCCCCAUCGCCUGGGGCAACCGUCUCCUCCACCCGGCCCCGUCAUGUCAAGUCCAUGUCGGCGUCAGGACAUCCCAUGAAGUCCUGCCUGCCUCCCAUCGACGACAACGCAGAGUAUCAGAGCUCCCCCCACCAGCCUCCAUCAUCACCGUCAGCCUUCAGCGUCACCAGCAGCAGCAGCACCACGCCGGACCGGACCCGAUUCCCCCGGGGCUCCUCCAGCCGCUCCACCUUCCACGGCGCUCAGCUCCGAGACCGACGCCCCGCCACCUACAACGGUCCGCCGGUCUCACCCAGCCUGUCGCCGCACGCCGCCGCCACGCUGGCCACGCCCCGCCGCGGCACCUCCACCUCCCUCAUCGGCAAGAUCACCUCCAAGUUUGCGCGCAGGAGUUCAUCAGGUGAGCCUAAGGAGGAGGGGCGGGACUCCAAGCCUCGCUCCCUGCGCUUCACCUGGAGCAUGAAGACCACGUCCUCCAUGGAGCCGGGGGACAUGAUGAAGGAGAUCCGGAGGGUUCUGGACGCCAACAACUGUGACUACGAGCAGCGCGAGCGCUACAUGCUGUUCUGCGUGCAUGGCGAUGCCCGGCAGGACAGUCUGGUCCAAUGGGAGAUUGAGGUGUGCAAACUGCCCCGCCUCUCGCUCAACGGCGUGCGGUUUAAAAGGAUCUCUGGCACGUCCAUCGCCUUUAAGAACAUCGCCUCCAAAGUGGCCAACGAGCUCAGGCUGUGACAGAUGUCCAGUUAUGAUCACAUAAUCCUUAAACACUGCGAGGAGGAUACCGCUACUCCUCCUCUUCACAGGACGACGCCUCACCAAGUGACGGCGGCCAUCUUGUGUUUAGCACUAUUGCAGGCUAACUGCUGUAUAACUCUUUGAAAAUACACCUUAUUAUACUCAACACAGUUACUAUUUAAUGUCACUAAAUGUUUGCCAGUAAAACCAAAUAUUAAAACGACUGGUGGUGCAGGUGUUCAGCAGGAUGUAGUCUGUCCCUCCACCACACUGAUGAGAACCAGAACAAAGCCAGGCUAACAAGGAAGAGAGCUCAAUUUGUUUGCUAGCAUUGAAAUCCAUCUGUCAUUACAGAUCAUUUAAGGUCGACUGAAGUGAGACUUACGGUUGUUUAGUCACUGUGUUUCUGCACUUAAGAAAUCAGAUUUUUCAAAGGUUUUACAGGUAAUCGAAUUCUUGAACGUCUUGUAAAGUAACCUGGUUUCUUUUAUCAGGAAACCAAACUGCAUGUAAUCAGCUGUAACAUUAUUGCAGAGCCUUAACCUGGUUUCUGUCAGUAAUCCGGUUUCUGGAGUGCAAAUAAACAGUCACUGAAACAUGACCUCUACAAUAGAUGAACAUCUAGCUAGCAAUGUAUGCAGUUACAGUGUAAAACACAAAUACUCAUCAAACAUGUGUCUGUCACCACGUUGCUUUGUGACGGUGUAAAACUGUUUUUAUUUGUUACCUGACCACCACUGCUAGAGAGCCAGUUUAGCUUGCUUGCCAGUUAAUUCACCAUUAAUCUUCGCUAUGAUGUCAGCUGAGUAAAUCAGUGUUCAGACUGAAUGUGAGGUGAUGCGAUCGCAUAUAAAGGUGAAGACACUAAGAGUCCCUUUAUACCUUGCAUUAAAAUGUAUCUCAUAUCCAAA